AGACAAACCCGCGUCUCUAUAAAAGGGAGGCGUGAUUACGCGCAAGUACAAUCCGGCGCGGGCGACGCCGACUCCACCAUAUGGGACCCCGAGACUGCUGAAACAACUGAAAUAAUGAGGAUAAUAUUACUGAUGUGCUUCGUGGCGCUGGGAGCGGGCGCCCCUCAGCAAAAGUCCGCGGACCAGGCCAUCGCGAUCAUCAAGCAGGACUUCGACCAGCAGGUCGACGGCUCCUACCGUUACAGCUUUGAAACAGAGAACGGCAUAAAGGCAGAGGAGACGGGCACGCUGAAGAAGGCAUCAGGGCCAGACAGCAGUGACGUCAUCAUCGCGCAGGGCGGCUUCAGCUACACCGCGCCAGAUGGCACCGUCAUCAAUCUCAACUACAUCGCUGAUGAUGAGAACGGGUUCAAGCCUGAGGGCGCUCACCUGCCGACUCCCCCACCGAUACCGCCUGCGAUCCAGAAGGCCCUAGAUUACCUGGCCACGCUGCCCCCACCGCCCCCAGGCCGAAACUAACACUGAAAGACUACCCAACGGCUACAACAAGUACUCAACGACUCGCUUCACCGUUUUGUAAACAGCCAAACAAAAGUUAGAGACGUUUUAGUUUGUAGAAGGCUCAACAAAACGGUUGUAGAAAUAAUGUAUAUUCAAACAGCAAUAAAGAAAACAAAAAAAUGUGACUGAUCUGUGAUAAGCGAAGAUGCCCGAGAGUUUUUAUACAAUGUAAAUGUUUUUUAUUUAUUAAAUUAAAGCAAAUUCAAUGCCAAAGAUGCAUUGCAAAAUAA